CAGAUACUGUCAUUCGACAUGAGUGACACGAGCUCGCUUCCAAAAUGGACGACUCAUAGUUUUGAUUUAAACACCAGAUGCACCGUAUCUCAGCUCCCCUCGAUAGUCUCUUCCAAACUUUUCUUUCUUUGUCUUUCUUCCUCUCCUUCUCCUAAUAUUUUCCUUUGCCUGGUAAGGUUGUAUCAUUCCGUGCCUUUUUGAUUCACGCUUCACUCCUCAUCUACUGCCCUUGCUAUGAUGUUCCUUUCGUUGUGGCAUGCUCGUCAUAUUCGAGUGGUAAGCACGAAGUCGGUUGGACCCUAGAAUCCCACCUUCAGCUACCUACCCGGCUUAUAUCUUGGGCGACAUCAAACCUCACGUUAUAUCGGGACCUUUUAGAGUUUGGGGGAGUCGCAGAGAGGCGGGGCUGGCGGUGACCAUGUUCGAAUGCGGGAUGCGGCGGGCCAUGCUCCGCCGUUACAGCCCCAUACGUCGAGGCGGAACUUACACCAAGAAAGGCAACCGGCUUUUGAUACCGCUCAAGCUGAAAAAAAUGUCGCCACUGAGCUCGUUCCCGCUGCUCAUUGCUUGUCACGGCUGUGAGAUGUUGAUGUGGCGGCUACUAUGAGAGGCUCGAUUCGGUCGACGGCUCACACGAGAUAACCGCGAAAGGGUGGGUUGGCGGGGUUCGCAACCGUAGAUCGUGGUUCUAUGGUUCCCGGAAGCUCUGUCGGGAACGGACAAGAUCCAUCCAAGAUAUGCAAUGCGACACAAACUCGACAGAGAACCUGGCUGAGCCGGUCUGUCGGCCUGCUGGCCCAUUCGUCGCCAGACCCGAACGUCUUGCCUCUCUCACGCUCGUGGCCCUCCCUCCGCACAUCCUUUGUCGGAUAUCUUCCCCUCAACUGCGGAGCAGACCCAGUCAGUCCGAGGGUCCAGCCCGUCAGCCAUGGCGUGGGCAUGUACGACUACUCCCAUGGGCGAUGUCAUUGAUGGAAUCUGAGAGCGCCCUUGAAGGAGGCUUUUGAGGGGAAAGGAAGACGACGAUCCGGCGAGGCGGUUCCGGCCAUGUCGGGUUCAGAAAGUGGAGUCUGGGUUCGAGUACAAAAUGGCCGCCCUCCCAACGGCACCAUGGGAUUGAGACUCAUUCUCAUGAGACAACAUGGCAUAUCUCACGAUGAAGUCUAUGAUUGCUGGUGCCCUCGCCUUCACGGCCGCUGUCUCUGCGCAGGCGCCGCUUUAUGGACAGUGUGGCGGUGAGAAUUGGAGCGGACCAACGACCUGCGUUGCUGGCUCAGUUUGCACUUUCAGCAACUACUGGUACUCGCAAUGUGUUCCCGGAACCGCCGUGACGACUACCCGCUCGAGCACCCUCACAACCUCCACACGCCCCGCGACGACCUCCUCCGUUCGGACCACUUCUUCCCGGACCUCGUCGGCCGUGCUUCCGCCCGGCACCGGCUUCCCCUCAGUCAGCGGCACCAAGUUCACCAUCGAUGGUGUGACGAAGUACUACCCAGGGACCAACUGCUAUUGGUGCAGCUUCCUGACCAAUGCUUCCGACGUUGACCUUGUUCUCGGCCACCUCAGAACCUCAGGCCUGAAAAUCCUCCGCAUCUGGGGCUUCAGCGACGUCAACACCGUUCCUCAGUAUGAUAACUGGUUUCAACACCUGACUGCCUCGGGCUCGACCAUCAACACAGGCGCCAACGGCCUAGGCCGCCUCGACACCGUCGUCGCAUCGGCCGAGAAGAAUGGCAUCAAGCUUAUCAUUAACUUUGUUAACAACUGGGACGACUACGGCGGGAUCAAGGCGUACACAAACGCUUUUGGCGGUACCCACAACGGCUGGUACACCAACACGGCGGCCCAGACACAGUACCGCAAGUAUAUCGACGCCGUCGUCAGCCGGUACAAGAACUCCAACGCCAUCUUUGCUUGGGAGCUGGCCAACGAGCCGCGCUGCCAGGGGUGUGCUACCUCUGUCAUCUACAACUGGGCCAAGUCGACGUCGGAAUACGUCAAGUCCCUAGACCCCAACCACCUGGUGACGCUCGGGGAUGAGGGCAUGGGGCUCCCGGGCGAUACCACGUAUCCCUAUCAGUACGGAGAAGGCACUGACUGGGUGGCUCUGCUUAACAUUUCAACUUUGGACUUUGGGACCUUCCACUUCUACCCCAACUCAUGGUCGGUUGGCUAUGCUGCCGGCAACAAGUGGGUGACUGACCAUGCUAAGGCAUGCGUUGCAGCGAGCAAGCCUUGCUUCUUUGAGGAAUAUGGUACGCCUACCAACCACUGCGAGCUGGAGAGACCAUGGCAGAUUACCUCGGUGGCGACCCCCGGCAUGGCUGGCGAUGCCUUUUGGCAGCUGGGUGACACCAUCAGUACUGGGCAGACGCACAACGACGGCAACACCAUCUACUAUGGCACUGACGAGUGGACGUGCUUGGUGACCAACCACGUUAACGCCAUCGGCUAGACAGCAUUCCUAGGCUUAACCCUGUGUGGGACGGCGAAACAUGGGUUGUCCGGCACGUGGAAGAAGCGCUGCCGGACGAUGGAAACUGUAGAUAGUAUUCUCUUCAUUGUACAUAUUCAAUGAGAAAACGCCAAGAGCUAGGCCCACUUCGACUGAAGAAUAGCGUGACCUACUAUGCUGCUGCAGUUGCUGUUGCCGGCGUAUAUCGAUAAGCCGAUGAGAUUUGUAACGCAUCAGACUAGUAAGGGAAAUCGCGGCUGGUCGAGGUCGUUUUCCAUUGACACCGUGAGCGAGUGAUGAUUGGUUAAGCAAGGGAGGUUACGAGGUGCAAUAUAACAAUGAGGAUGAAAAACACCAAGUGAGAGAGAGUACUUGUUUGUAAAGGGAAAGAAACAAUAACCAACCAAUCAAUCAUAUGACGGUGGAUUAAUCUGACGGCGCGUUGCUGCUGAGGGAAGGUGCGGUAACCAUGGAUGCGUCAUGGGCGGACUC